CUGAGUUUCUCGAAAUGGCAGGCGCAAAGGAAUCGAUGCGGUCAUCGGACACGUCGACAACCACCAAGACGCCACGUCUGUCGAUCACCAGGCCGAAAGUCGAAUGCUGCCAGGUAGCCGCUCAGCUUCGACCAUCAGAACUCGGACCGAGACGAGACGAGUCCCAUAGAGCCGAUUGUCUCGUGACAUAGAGGAUGCGCGCGGUCAGACCAUCGCUUGACAACGCCUCACCCCUUUGCACCCAACGUGCUUGAGCUUCUGCGCCAUGCCGUCGUCAAGUGCUCGUACGGGCAUGGCACUCGACCGAGACUCGGCCUCUGCUCGUCCAGCCGUACAACACAACAGUUCGCCCGUCUCGCCUUCUUCGUUUGUAGGCGCGUCUCUUUCUGUCGACCCGACAGCUCAGCCGCAAGCAAGUACGAGCAGACUGAGUCCUGCUCUUGUGCCGAGCACGAGCACACCAAAUGAGGUGAUCACCUUGCCGCCUGCCAAGAUUGAGCCCAAGAUUAUACCCACCCGCUUGGCAAAGGAUGGCAUCAAAGAAGUACCGGCACGUUUCGAACGUUGCGAGCUCGAAGAUCUCAUCGGUCUCGUCGCGUCGAUGUUGACGAGACUGAUCGAACACAAUGAUCUCAUCCCGCUCACGCCAACAUCGCUCACUCGCUUUCAUUCGAGAGCCCCGCCAGGUAUUUCCGUCCACGACUAUCUCGUUCGGAUAUCACGCUAUACCAAUGUCGAGCCUUGCUGUCUCCUCAUCCUGCUGCACUAUAUCGACAAGAUCUGCGAGAGUCUGCCCGCGUUCACCAUCUCCAGCCUGACCGUACAUCGAUUCGUCAUUGCGGGCGUGGCUGUGGGCAGCAAAGCACUCAGUGAUAGCUUCUGUACAAACGGGAGAUACGCCAGAGUGGGAGGUGUAAGCAUGCAAGAGAUGAACCUGCUCGAGAAGGAGUUUCUCGCCGUCAUCGAUUGGCGCCUCACGACGACGGGAGCGUUAUUGUCGCACUAUUACGCGAGUCUGGUGGGUUCUCAUCCAGGCUACCGGCUCAUGGACGAAGAGGCACCUACCACAACGGCCCCAACUUUGGGACCGACCGAAGCCGACGAUGAUGUCCACAUGAUGGCUGCGCCUCCGCCGCCAGAGACGUCUCCCAAUGGUCAAUCAAGCCAGAGCUCCGGUUCAGGUAGCGCGUCACAGCCAUCACCCAUCGAACGGAAACCGCGUUCGGCGCAGAAGAGGACAAGCAGCGCGCUAGAUAGCAGGUCAAAUUCGCAAGGACGUUCGAGCUCGGCUGCUUCCACACCUGUGAGCUCUGUCUUUCAAGUCGCGAAGCACUUGGGAGCAAAGAUGAUCCAUCCCCGGCAUCAGUCUGCUUCGCCAGAUUCGAGCGUAUCAUGAACCCUACGCACGACAAUCCGCAUUUGUAUGCUUAGACGCAGCUUCUCGAUGCAUUCGCACGCUCAGGCAGGCGCGGAAAGAUGUGCAUUGGGCUCGCUCAGAUGUUGUCAUACACGCAAAGUGAAGGGUAAGGUUCUCAAAUUGUCAGAGUAGUGAGAAUGGAUAUGAGGCUCUCCUCGAUGAAUGACAGGGUGAUCUACUGAGUUUUCUCGUCCUUCUUGGCCUCGGCAUCACGCUUGACCUCCUUGCCCUUGCUCUCG